AUGUUUGGAAAGGCUCGAUCUUCGAUUCCCGUACCAGGUAUUAAAAGUGGCAUUCCAAUGAAGAGAAAUGCUCAACCGACCUCGACCGGACGCUCAACGCAAGCCGGUACUAGUUCAGGAAUACCUGUAGCUUCCAAGGUUAGAAAGCGAACGAUUAUUUUACAUGUAACAACCAAGCUUGCCUUUGUGAUACAGCUCCUUAAUUAGUUUUAUCAAAACUUAAAAAUCUCGGAUUCUAUGGUGAUUAAAAUAGUAAUCAAGCUGAGACGGGAAAAUGCGAGCUUCUCUGAUUUGCUCUUGACAACAGACGAUUGUGAUCUCAAAGCAAAUAUUCGAGAGUUCUGUUGGCAAGGAAAUUUUGGAACCUUUUUGAUAUAUGUUUUUUCGGUUGCCCAAGCGAACAAAUUUAAGUUUUUGUCAUCAGACAAGUUAGAAAACGUUUAGCGAGAAUUUGUUGGUUUGUUUAGUUCGAGACUAGGGAACACUGUAGAGAACUCGGAUCGAUUGUUUUUAUAUGGAGGGAACUUUCGUCCUCUGAUCUUUUACAGUUGAUCUAUAAUUAAUCCCUCGUUGGUUAUAAAACGGGCAUGCUAUCUAGAGAACCUAUUAUCGACCAUUUAUCUUCCAUAUAGCGUUCAAGGUAUAUCGCGUACAACCUUUUUAAUUGGGAAUGUGUUGUUCAUUAAAACUUAAUAUCGUGAUCGAUUAAUAGUACAACGAGAAACUAAGCAGAGUGUUUGUUAUGUUUUUAAUCUAGUGUUUCACAUCUGAGAGUUUUUAAAACAAAAUAGGGAAACAAAGGCAAAAUAUCGAAAGCGAUCGCUUUUAAUAGCCUUCGUGAAUAUCUUUCUCGAUUAUUAAAUCUGUAUCCAUGUAGUCACGCAAUACGAUUGCUAGAAUGAAACCUUCGGCGCCCCGACAAACGUGGACAUGUUUUGGCAGGCUUUUCUUACUAGUGUAAAUUUUGUCAGUAUAGGGAGGAAAACAUUUGUCUGUUUUAGCGGCGUUCUCGUUUCUGUAACGUACUAGAUGCAACCGCUUGUUUCUACCUUUGAAACUCGCCAAUCCUAACUAAAAUCACGCAAUCUAUAAACACUGUCACGCAGUAGAAAAUACCCAAACUUAUUUUUUAAAUAAAGUUCAAAUAUAACGCACACUCUGAUUGGUUGAAAAAGCGUGCUUUAUGAGAGUAUAAAGCUGUCACGCCAUCUGGCAAUAGUUUGUUUUGAAAAUAUCAGAAAGUAACGCAUGGGGAAUUUAACGGAUCCUUUUUCAUAAGACAAUUAAAGAAGCUUUCACUGUACUCUGUUUAACAAAUAAAUUCCAUGUUGCCGUGGGUCUGUUCAGUAAUAGAUCAGAGAUGACGUGAAAAUGUGUUAAAAACAAAGAAGUGGCAAACGAGCCGCAGGCUAGGUGAGUGUGUCACUGAUGUUUUCACCCCAUGUUGACGUCUUCUCUGUGAUCUGUUACUGAACAGACCGAUACACAUACCGGUCUCGUACCGCUUGGCUGUUCGAGGAUUUGCCAGCGUAUUAGGCAUUUUUAAGUCCCAAACGCUACUUUUCGUCUCUGCCUCUUCUUUUAUUAUUUUUUUUUGUCUUACUUGUAAACAGCUUCUUCGAAAAGUUUUUUAACGUCCUCACUUGCUCAAAGCAGAAUUAUGGCUACAACAUUUUGUAAAAAAGCGAGUCUCUCGUAGCGAUGAUUCACGAUGACAACUGUGUUGUGAAGUUUUUCUUGCAGUUUAGGCAUUCUCAAGUUGUCAGAAAACUCUAUUUGUCUUCGUUUUUCUAUUUUUCGUCUUUGUAAAUAACUCCUGCUAAACGUUUUUCAAGGCUUUAGCUUUCUUAAUCCGAAAUAAUCACGCAAACAUUUUCAAACCCGCGCGUCAUGUUGAACAAAACAAAGAAAACAAGUUUCCCGUGACGUAAUCCACGUAUCUCUGAUACACAUGGGCAAAGACCAAUCACAACUCGCGUAUCAUUCACAUCAUUAUAGAGGAGCCCUGGCAGCGAAGCAUCAUGGGUAAGAAAAUUUGGUUACCUAUGCAUCCGGAAAAUUUUGAUAGUCACGUGACAGUACGUCCGAUCGCCCGUCCGUCCUCACCACAGGCACGCCAAUGUAAAACAACUCAAUUAACAGGUAUUGCAACCCAAAUGUAACUGAAGGUUUUAUUUGGCAGGAAAUCGCGUGGCCACCCAGACUUUUAGGUGAAAAAUAACCACAAGGUCGAGAAUUUUUCGACGUAAUUUUGGAUGUCUACACUCACGUGAGAGCUAGAGUGAGUGAUUGAAAACAAAGGAGACGAAUAAAAACGUGAACAUUUCAUAGCGGCGGUAAGAAAAUGAGAAAUGCUGGCAAUGUGAAAAUGAGCAGCCGUGAAAAAAUAAAAGUGAACAGGAAACAAGUAACAAAAUUUUUGGUGAGAACACACGACAAUUCCAUCUUAAAAAUACUAUAAGUAACCAGGACGUUUCACGUUUAAGUCGUGCAAAACAACGGCAAAGAAAUGUACAAAAAAGUUUGCUUUACGUGCUAAUUUGUUUUUUCGCUAAUUAGAUCUAUUGAUUUUGAUUCUGUUCUUAUUGCCGUCGCCGUUUAGCAUUACACGGUCUUACUUUUUAGUUUCUAUAUUCUAUAUUAACCAGAGCUUUACUUUUAGCCGUGGCUAAAUCUGUAUAUUAUACAAUGUUAUCUGUUGUAAAGCACUUAAGAAGCAGCUAGAGCACUCAGGGAGACUACGUCACGUGUUCCCCUCUACUUCUUUAUUUAUUCAGUGAUGGGGAAAAAAAGAAGUAUAACAGGUUGUUAAUUCUCAAUGUUAAUUAGAUAAAUGGUUAGCCUUUAUGGAUAUCAUUACAAGUAAGACUUGCUAUUUUUCAGGGUAAAUAGAUGACGGCAUACUACUUGCUUAUGAGUGAGAUCUGGGCUAAAAUAUUCACAACAAACAAUAUCAAUUCGUCACUUCAUUCGAAAUGUGGUGAAAGAAAUAACCGAGUAUAAAUUAGAAAAUAUAAAAACCCAACAAAAAAAAUCAGGAAUUUUAGUCUCUCUCUUGUUUUCAGUGCUAAUGUCACCUAGAUAGUACGGUAUAUAAACUGUUUUCUCCUUGUUGCGCAGGUAAAUGGAAGAACUAAUUCAAACCCAGAACUCCCAAAGGACCCCAAAAUAUUAACAGAGAUGGUGAUGAACCUACAGAAACAAGUGCAAGAGAAGGAUGACACGCUCCAUGAUAUCAGUGAUAAGUUAUCGCGGAAGUCCGAGGAAUGCGAAAGUUUAAUGGAAGAGCAUGAAAUGAUGAGAAGCAAAAGUUCGUUUGACCUACAACAGGUAGGUACUCUUUAUGGCGCUGAAAUUUCAACAGCAUCUUUUUAACUGAAUUGUGCUAGUGGAGUCUGCCCGGGGGGCGAAGAGGUUGACCGGAACUGGGCAUUGACCAUUUUGCUAUCAAGUAAUUAGAUCAAAGCAAUUAGAGGAACAUCGAUUAACAAGAUACAUUUCUAUAGUUAAGGCGAAUUUUCAUGACAAAAACUUAGAACAGAUUGGAUCGAUAGGAGAGCUGAUGUGUAACUAACUUGUUUCCCGUGCGUCCGGAGAGUCCAACAUAGAGGUGAGCAGGUAAGGGUUUGAAAGCCUGACCUUGUUGAGGACAAAAAAUUCCUAAAAUACGUACCCUUUUUAGGACAACACCCUCAAUUUUAUCACCCUGUUUAAGACAAAGGGCAAAAUGCGCCCCGUCCUGUUUUAAAGCCAUUUAUUGGCAAUUGCGAUGGAGAAAAUAGACGUUAUAGUCAAUGCUUUUGUAUACUUGGAGCACAAAUGAAUUUCAUCAAACAAAUCAACUCAAUCGUGCAAACAAUACCCUUGUCACAAUUAAGACAGACUUUCUCGAAAUGGUCUUUCCUGUUUAGGACAGAGAGGAAAGUCUGUUUGGGAGUUUUUUUCCAACCUGGGCGGUUGGGGGGCGGGGAGAGGGGGGUUGAACUGUAAAAUGUACUCUCUUCGCCAGGCACGCGAUGUAUCCAUUCUUAACAUAUGCAAGAAGCUGUACCGUUUCUAGUCUCUGUCAAUUCAAGGCUUGCCCCAAUGUUGUCACUACCCCUGGGAAGGGCCCUUCUCGCGCUUCCUACUGCAUAACUGCUACAUUACGUGCCUCGAUCGCCAAUCGUUUAUCACUGACCUUGGCGCGAAAGUUCGCUACGUAACGUUAAGAACUCCAGGCUAUGGAGUUGGACGUUCGUCUUCAUUUUUUAUUAUCGUUUGUUAUAUUCUUGUCCGUCCAUACUUUUUAUUUUAUAUUCUUAGUAUCGGAGAACUAAAACAUACUUCAUUUGCCAGGUAACCGAAGAUCAAAACGCUCUUCAAGAAACACUCCAGAAAAAAGACAGAUACAUACAGGAGAUGGAGGGACGCCACAGACAGGAAACCAGGGAACUGAAGAAAGAGCUUGAAGAAAUAAACAGUGAACACGAAAUCGAGCUGGAAAUGUUGAGGAAGGAGAUGGAGGAUUUAAAACUCAGGGAAGAGCGCUGGAAACGAGUGGCGGAAUUAAAGAAGGAAUCUGAUUACGAUUCCAGUGACGUUGGAUCUCGUGAUCAUUCACCUGAAGUUGAGGCUUUGAAGGAGCAAAUGGCAGCACUACAGAGUAAUUAUGAAGACGAGAUUACAGUUCUUAAGGAAAAGCUUCAAACUCAAAUUAUGAAGGCAUCCGAAGCGGUCGAGAAGGUAGAAAAUCAAGAGUUUGAGUUCCAAGAGAGCUUAAGCGAGCUUAAGAUUGCGUUUGAACAAGAGAAAAAAGGGCUUUUGAGGGAGCAUCAAGAGGAGAUCGAUGAACUGAAGAGUAAAAAGACCAAUCAUAUCGAAAUAAGCGAUAAUGUUUCCAUGGACGCGUCGCAAAAAGAGCAUUACGAAAACCAGAUUCAACAGUUACAAGAUCAGGUUGCAAAUUUGAGCAGUCAGCUGGAAGAAAGCGAUAACCAAAUGGCUCAGGAUUUGCUGAUUAUGAAAAACGAGUUUGAAACUCAGUUAGAAGAAGCGAAGGGUGAAUUUGACAGCGAAAAAGAAGUGCUGAAGAAAACCAUAACAGAACUCAAAACUCAAGCCGAGGACGUGAUUACUAAACACCAGGAAGACAUUGAACGACUGGAGCAAGCAUUUAAGAGAGAAAAGGAAGAAUUGUUAGUCAAUUCUCAGAGUCACGAGGAUCAAGUUAUCGCCGGCGAAGCCAUGCACAAGAAACUCGAAGAAUAUGAAAUUGAGAUAAGGGAGCUCAAAGAGAAUCUUCAAAAGGAACGAAACGAAUUUAUCGAGUCGCGUGAAUUAUUGGAAGGCAUGCUUUCAGAGCAAGAAAAAGAAUCUGAAGAAAGAGAAGAAAAACUUCGAGACGAACUCAACGAGGAACAUCAAAUGAAAGUCGACAAGGUUCUCUCCGAUUAUGAACAACGUUUGCAAGCAGCGGAGAGGAGUCAUAUUGAAGGAAAAGAACUUGAUGAAGAAAAGAGAACAUCAGAAGAACUUCGGCUGGAAAUCAAAUCACUAAAAAGGGGACACGAAAGGGAACUUGAAAAACUUCACGAAACUUUGGAAACUCUUCAAUCGGAGAAUGAAAAUCUGAAGAGGGAAUUCGAUUUAGUGGUAGGGGAUCUUUCCAGCGAAUUGGAGACCACCAAGAAUGACGGCAAUCAGGGGGUAAAGCGAAAGACCUCUCAUGUGCUGAGGGAACAAAUUGAGUUAAUAAAAGGAAAUCAAGAGGAACAAAUAAGGUUGUUAGGAGAGGAUAUAGAAUGGUAUAAACAAAAAGUCGCCGAGCUUGAAGGCGAAGUGGAAAGACUGCGAGGCAUGGAAGGAAGAACCGAGGCAGAUACGGAUUUGCAUACAAGAACUGCUGAACUUGAAUAUGAACUGGAUGUUUUAAGGGAAGAAAGCCAGAAUACUGAGGCAGAGCUUGAAGAAUACAAAACUAAAGUUUCGGAUCUUGAAAGACAGUUAACACGUAGCAAGAAUAUACUUGAGCAAGGUUCUGAGCAAGAAGAACGCUUGCAAAAAAUAUCUGGACUUGAAAAGCAGCUUGAAGGCACGAUUGAGGCAAAGAUGAACUCUGAGGCUAAACUGGAAGAGUGCAAAACAACUGCGGAGAAUCUACAGAAAGAGAUUACUGAAUUGAGUCAAACAAAUAUGAAGCUGGAUUCCGAGGUUAUGAACUACGAGUUACGGCUUCAGAAUCUUAAUGAAGAGUUGAAAACCACUAAAGAGAAGUCUAUCGAUGAGUUUACAACUAUGCAAAAUACGAUAGCUAAGCUGGAAGCUGAAAAACGAAACCUAGAAAAUACAAUGGAGAAGCAAUUGAAAGAAAGUGAAAUGAAGAUGUCUAAACUCGGGGAAAGCAUCGAGAAAGAGAAAGAGGAUAAAGUUGCAGCUGUUGACGCGCACAAGAAGAAGUCUGACGAAAUUAUCUUAAGGCUCAAUGAAAAUAUCAAAGUACUCGAAGCUGAUUGUCAAAAGUAUAGAAAAGAAAAGGAUGCUUUGGUGCAAGAGAUACAACAACUGCGGAAAAGAGGACUGGAAGAUGAAGAGGAAAACAGCAAAAAAGUUUCACAGUACGAAGAGACAAUUAAAAAACUCCAUGCGAAAAUUGAAAGCCUUGAGAAUUAUCGAACGCAGUCUGAGAUCGAGAAAGAAGACCUCCGAGAAGAAUUACAAACUCUUCGUUAUUCACAGGAAAUAGAACCAAUUGUUUCUGCGCAAGCGGUCAACGACAAUUUUGCGGGAAACCCUGGUUCGAACUUGGGUUUAGAAUACGAACAACAGAUGAAGGGACUUGCAGAAGACUAUGAAGAAAAAAUUGAGAAGCUGCAGGCAGAACUGGAAGCCGAAAGAAGUAAAUCCGCCUCUAACACUAGAAGAAUCGAGUCUACUAAUUAUGAGAUUGAAACGUUGCGCCAAACCCUUGAAGAGGAAAGACUUUCUGUUAAAAAUUCACAGGAUCGCAUGAUUAAAAUGCAGGCAAGACACGACGAAGAGGUAAAGAACUUAAAAGAACAGUUGCAUGUUAGUAAGAAGGAUAAUGAAGCAAAGAAAUUAUCUAAUCAGGAAGCUGUAGAGGAAGAAUUUUCUAAGACAAUCAAGACUCUCGAGGCCGACUUAGAAACUGCACUUCAGGCAAACAGUGAGAAAGCAGAGCAACUCGACGAUGUCAAGUCACAACUUGAGAAAGCUUGGCGCACAAAUGAAGCGCAAGAGAGAGAAAUAACAAAGCUUAAUUAUGAGAUUGAAGAAUAUCGAAGACAACAAAAGGCAAAGGACGCCAGCUCCACUGCAGAACAGCUGACAGCUAAAGAAGUGCAUGCGAAGACGGUCCAGGUUCUUAAAGCUGAUUUGGAAGCACAGCGCAAAUUGAAUGAAGAACAAAAAAAUCAGAUAAAUGAGCUAAAACUAGAGCUUGACACAUUUAAGCAACAGAAAAAAACACAUGAAGCUAAUCUAGCGGCUGAACAACUUAAAGUAAACGAAGAACACGCCAAUGCGGUGGUCGGUCUCAAAGCUGAAUUAGAUACAGCGCAUAAACUCAAUGAAACUAAACAAAAAGAAAAAGAGGAACUUGAACAAAUGCUUGAAGAUUUUCAGCAGCAGCAGAUAGCCCAUGAGGCCAAUUUAACGGCAGAGCAACUCAAAAUUAGCGACGCUCAGAAAUCGCAAAAGCAAGAACUUAAGAAAAUAACGAAAGAAAAUGCAGCUUUGAAGUCCCAGUUGGAAAGUGUUCAACACACCAAUCGAAUGCAAUCUGAGGAAUUGUCAAGAAGUAAGUUUGAACGUGAUGAGCUGGAAAAGACACAGAAGCAAUAUGAAAAGAACAUCCUGGCUGAACAAAUGAAAGCAGAUGAAGCAAGUGCUAGGAAGAUUAAAGCGUUAGAAGAGGAGGUGAAGCGAAAAACAGAGGAAAUGUCAAAGUUAUUCACUGUACUUGACACAGAGCAGAAAGGGCGAGAAAGAGUGUUGUUAGAAACGGAAAAGCACCUAACGCAUAUGCAUCAAGCAGAACAAGAGAAAAUCAAAUCAGAGAGAGUCAUCUCUGAUCUUAAAAGCCACAAUAACGAGCUUAGAGGUGAACUGAUAAAAGAAAAAGAAAAGUUUUCCCGUUAUGUUUCUCAAAGUGAGAAAGCGCAGUCAGAAGAACAUGAAGAAGUCGAGAAACUUAGUAGAUCAUUGACUGAGUCGGAGAUGGACAGAGGAAAGUUGACGGGCGAAAUAGAGUCAUGUAAGGACGAACUGAACAAAAUGCAAGAAAAGUAUAACAAAUUAAAAGAAAAGUUUUUAGCUCUAAAGCAAAAACACAAAGAGGAAAAGGAGAAGUACGAGGAAGUUCUCCUCACUCCGAGAAUCGAAAUGGGAUUACAAACAAGCCUUCUUGAACCUGAUGAUCUGAAUCAAACAAAGGAACAGCUUUCUUCUUCGAUGAAAGAACAGGUUAGAUUAGAGGACGAGUUAGAAAUUCUACAACGCGAUAUUAACAAAAAGAAAAGCGAAAUUCAAGCUCUGAAGCGAGCAAAUGAAGUUCUUAGAAGGCAAAAUCAAGUUCUUUAUCUCGAAACGGAAAGCUUGAGAAAAUCGGGUCACAGAGAAGGAGUUGAUUUGCCCAGUAUUGAAAAGGAGAAUGAAAAAUUGAUGCAAGACAAGGAAAAUCUUGAGAUAGAAAAUAGAUUUCUCAAAGAGGCAUUGAGUGAGAGGGAGAAACAAGAAGAAGAAAGUCAGGAAAAAGAAAGUUUAUCAGAUAAUAUGACUUUGAAGAAUCAAUUGCGAGAAUCAAAGGAAAAUCAAGUAAGAAUCGAGCAAGAAAAUUCAAAACUACGGGAAGAAAACGACUUCUUGUUAAAACAAGGUAAACGUUUACAGUCUCAGGUUGAUAAAUUAGAAGAGGAAGUUGAAAGGUUAAAAGGACGAAUUCCUGUGACCUCAACACCUAAAAGUAACACUCAGCCCCAGGUUUUCGUCAGCGAAUUUAUUCGCAGCGAGACUGGGAACCAACUGAAUGUGGAGUCAUUACUAGAGUCUUCUUUAAUGGCCUCGCCAAGUUCAUCUCUUGAGGCGCAACGAUAUGCAGAGGAAAAUCAGCGUAUAAAGGAACAGCUGCUUGUUUUACAAACGCGGUUAAGAUCAAAAGAACAUGAUGUUGAAAUACAAAACAACCUACAACCAGAAGCAGUGCAAGAUUUAGUGAACGAGAGACAGGAGCUAUUGGCGCAAAUUGAAUCAUUGAAGGAACUGCUUGAAAAACAUGAUGACAAAGAAUUAAACAACAACCAGACAAAAGCCAAUCCAAAGGUCAGUAAAGAUACACUCUUCUUUUUGAGCGCGCACUUUUGCAAUAGGACAAUUGCACGAUGACGAUAUUUGACUACAACUACCAGAAUUCAUUUCGGUUUUGCUUUGUUAUUUAAAUUUCUCAACCCCACUGAGGAUUUUAGCCAAUUACAAGAAAUAGUCAAAUGACGUCAUCGUGCAAUUGUCCUAUUAAGACCUCUUGCCCGUCGGCAUUAGGUAUUACCUGCGUCACAGACUUAGCAUUAGAGAACAGCCGACAUUUUGCGACCCCACCACUGGACACAUGUACCUUGCGAACUGAAGAAUGAGGAACGAGCGCACAAAUCCAUAGUGAUGACGUUUCACUACCCAGAUCAGGGUAGUGUUUAUGAUUGGUUAAAGCAAAUUUCCCUUGCAGUGCGACCAAUCAGAAGCACUACCCAGAAGUAGCGACCAGUUAUCAGUGUGGAAUUUCUGCACUCUCUCCUCAGACGUCAUAUCGCGAGGAAAUAGUGAUGGCUUCCUGAAACAUCGGCUGUUUUUUCUCAGGCUAUCACUGACGUAAUUCUAAGUGGAUAAUUUUCACAAGCGUAUAAUGAAUUCCGUCCGAAACGCGGGCUACUCUACCCUUGGUGUCAGAAACAUGUGUAGUUUAUGCGUAGUUUCCAGUUUUGGUUAAGUCUUUAGUGAACCGAUGUGUCAACCGCAGGCCAAUUCCACCGUAAGCGAGGAGAAACUGUGGUAACCAGGGUAAGGCUUUUCCCUAGGGGUCUGUGUAAAGGGACUAUCCGUUAUCUGAGAUGACUUAAGGCGCGAAAACAAAAGCAGAAGUCCAUAUGCCUGCCGGGUUGUUGCGUCUUAUUAGAUAAAAGUUAAAGAGGGUUGAACAUUGAGCAAUGGAGAGUAAAGCGGUUUAGAGACAAUUCAAGCGUAUUUUUAAACUGGAGAAGGCUCAAAACGGCUUGGGUUUUGAACCUUUCAUCUGAAGAACCCAGCCUCGUGAAGCGUUAGCGCUCGAAACAUUAGCUUUUCAAGGCACUUUUUCCUUCGCUAGGGUAAAGCGCCAUGAACAAGGUUGGGUGGCCACUUUGUAAAGUCAAGGAGUGAAAUGAUUAAACUAAACGUAGCAACAAUAAGUUUCUUGAGAAACUAACUCGUUUAUUUCUUUUCCAGGUGAUGGAGUGGGUUUCUAACGGAAAAGCUAACACUUCACUUGGACACUUGUUUUCUUCACCGCUUCAGACACCAAGAUCAGGUCCGACCCCUGUAACUGGCUUUACUGCGUCGAAUCUUCAAGAAUUUGACUUUUCAGUGGAAAGUUACCUUGGCUCAGCUUACUGGGAAGCGUCUAAGUUUCUUGACAGAUUGCAGCAAGUCGACUGAAAAAUAUUCAUUGUUUAGAGCUUGAUUUGUUCGAGUUACCUAUUAGCAAAAUUGACUGAUAUGAAAGUAUGCAGGGUGAAUGGUUGUUUAGUCUGUAUGUCACAGAUUAGAGACGUUUUGAAAGACGAGAAGCCGCGGAAUUCGAGCCGCGCAUGUUCCUUGAAUGUUGAAUGCUGAGGCGAAAACGAAUAGACCAAUCCUGCGCCCGCGGGUUAUAGUUGUACCAUAAUACAAUAGCCACUGAAAAUCUAUUUUGUGCAAAAGUUUCCAGCCAAAAAAGAGGACAUCAACCACGUUUUUUAUGCUCCAAAUAAGCAAAAAAUACGUACCUUUCAGCGUCCAUGGCAUGACCCGUCUCUUGCAAAUUUGUGACCGCAUUUUGGACUCUUCAUUGAAUUAUACAGAUCAUACUCAUGACGACGAAAGAUUACUAGAAAGAUCUUAUUACUUUAAC